AUGCUGGUAUCUUGGUCAAUUGUUUUGGUCCUUGCCCUCACAGGGCUGGGGGAUGCGCUGCCACCAGCCAGCUCUCGAAGUUCGCAACCCAAACCUCACACAACUCCUGCUACAAGACCGACAGUCUACAGCAAAGUCCCUGUUUCCUCUAUUACCUCAAAACCAUCAACAAAAUAUGCCUCCGUCUCUCAAUCGGCCACCAGCUCCGCCAGCAGUGCGUCAGUUGGGUUCGCCGCCUCGGGAGACUGGCUGGCUGUUUCUUGUGAUGUACACAACAACUCCUAUCCUUUUGCCGAGCAGUGGAAAAAGGCCGAUGGAGACGAAGCAUGGAACCAGACCAUGGCCGGCUGGCGAACCUAUCUCCAGGAUCCCAACGUCGUACAGAAAUCUUUUGACGCUUGGCUGUGGAAUGCACUUGGUGCUGGAGAUCAGCCUCGCUGCUUCGACACAGAUACCAACGGCUGCAACCCUCAAGGCUGCGUGGCCAAGUAUACCCCGGCCGGAAACCUCAUGAUGGAUAACCUUUCCGGGAUCAACCAGUUCAUUCACACCGUGGAAAAAUCAAUCAGUGAUGCCAAGCAAACCGUGCAAGGCAUGAUCGGUGCAUUUGUCGAAACCUUCACAGCGCUCCCAUCCAAGGUCAACGAGCAAAUCUUCAAGACUAUUCUUGAUGCCUUGACUUUUGGAGUAACUAUCGCGAGUGCCGUGGCAUGGAACGUUUUGAUCAAGCAAGCAAAAUGGUUCAAGGUUGAUGACUGGCGCGGAGCCUCCAAGGAUGUCUUUAGUGGCUCGGUGGCAUUCAGCAUGACGGCGCCCAAAGACAACAUGAAGAGCAUCGACCCAUACCAACAAACAAAGGAUUUGCUGAGUGCCUUCGCCGAGCAAUUCAUGGACGCCACGUCCGAGAGCGUUGCAGACUAUCUCAAGGAGACCAUGUGGGCGAAGAAUCAAUCGGCCCAAGAGCAACUGUCGUCCAUUGUCACCGACGGUCUGGGCUACGAUCUGCGAAGUUUGCCGGCAACGUCUUCGGACUUGCAGGGAGCAAUCAACCAGCUCUUUUUCGCCAGGAUUCUUGGUCAGGCCUGGAAGCUGUCCACUGUGGCCAUGAACCCAUUUAUCCUCCGAGUCGACCGCUCAAAAUACAAGUGUGGAGACCCUGUGUCGGUGCCAUCAAAGAAGACCGACCAAACGGGAUUCAAUCUGGGAAAGUGGAUGAACUCGGAGACGGCGGCCAAGACUCAAUGGUGUGAUCCGCAGGGCAACGCGUGGUUUCUCCUCAAUGGAAAGUACACGGGAGGCAUCACCGACGGUGAGUCGGAUUAUGAUGUUAUUGUAGGUGAUGUGCAGCAAGUAUUUGGGACUCUGGCUGGUGGAGACAUCGACACUCUCAAUGGGAAGGACUGGGCUGGAAUCACCAUUGAGGCCAUCAUCAAGAGCAGCUGGGGUGCGUUCCUAGCAAAUGGAAACAAGAACGGCUAUCAAAUGAUCGAGUCGAGUUCCCUGCAGCUGAGCACCGAGUUCGACAAGGUCGAAGAUGGAGGUCUGCCCUUCAUUGCUGGCAUCGAAACACCUGGUUUCUUCAACUUGACCAUUUGUUUCGAUCCCUAUGAGGCUGUCGAGAACCUCAUUUACCGCAAGAGCCCGAUCUGUGGGGAGAGCCCCAAGCAAGAUGGGUACAUGAGUAAAGCACCCAAUUCAGCGGGGUACACUUCAGGUGCCUGCACGAUUCACGUCACGGAAUACCAGCCGAAUCAUCCGGACUUGAACCUCUUGGACCAGUACCAACUAGCCGUGACCGUCUUUGAUGAUGCGAAGCAGCAGCUGGCAUAUGCCACCAAGCAGCCCGUGGACCCGGCGAUCAAGAUCCUGGACAAGACCAGCAAGCUUCCCUACGACCUGGUGAUAUCGACGGACCGCGAUGAUCACAAAUCCGUGUGCUUCUGGUACGCAGACCAGUGGUGGUGCGACUCGGACGCAGCCCACGAAUGCAACUUUGGCCAAUACGACGGCGGCAAGCGAGAGGGAGACUGCAAAUUUACCUGCAACGAUCCUGGUGACAAGGCCGGGCCUCCACCCGUGGCGCCCCCGGGCAACGUGGUCGACGCCAACCUGGGUACAAACGCCACCGGGGAUGGGAUCACCCUGGCGAAGACAUAUUCGGCGGGCAAAUGCGAUGUCAUGGUACGCCAGUACCAGGCGAACGAAAUGAGCAACGAUCUCAACCCCAGCAAUGAUCAUGCUUUGGAGCUCACGCUGUGGGAUGCAAAGGGCGACCUCAUCGCCUACACCGUCAAGACCACGGCGCCCCCGAAGACAUGGGUGAAUGUUCAGGGUCCCCUGCCGUAUAUCGUGCAGUGCGCCAACGGCGACGGCGACGGCGAGAUGAGCUGCCAGUAUGCUGACCAGAGCUGGACAACAAACAAAAAUUGGAAGAAUGGGGAGCGAUAUGAUUAUUGGCAUUUUGCGUGCGCGUGA